AUGUUAUUAAAGCUUCUUCCAUGUAACUGUUCCUCAAUUAGUGAAAGCCAAACAUUGGCUUCUCAUAAAAAUGAAGGUAUGAAUCAAGGUCCUACAACUAUAGAUAAAUCUACUGACAGGAUGUCUUAUGAUGAAGUACAAGCAUGGGGACAAUCUUUUGAAAGAUUGAUGAAUAACAAAAUUGGACAGAAAUAUUUUGCUGAAUUUUUAAAAUCUGAAUUUUCUGAUGAAAAUAUUCUCUUUUAUCAGGCAUGUGAAGAAUUAAAACGUGAAAAAAAUCAUGAAAAAAUUGAAGAAAAAGCUCGUAUUAUUUAUGAAGAUUUUAUUUCAAUUUUAUCACCAAAAGAAGUUUCACUAGAUUCACGGGUUAGAGAGAUCAUUAAUAACAAUAUGGUUCAUCCAACAGCGCGUACUUUUGAUGAAGCACAGGCACAGAUUUUUACAUUAAUGCAAAGAGAUUCAUACCCAAGAUUUAUUGCUGGACCUGUUUAUAAAAGUCUUAUUAGUAGUUACGGACAUAUGGAAGAGCUUUAA